GGCGCGGGGGGCGCGGUUUUCUGAUCGUCACUUGUCACUUGAUCGUCGCAGAUUUAUUAAUGCUAAUGAGCGCAUAAAAAAUUCCUUGGUGAUACCUAUUGAAUACUUCAGUUGUUUGUAUAUUUUUUUAUAUUGGACAAAGCAAAAUAUCCUUAGUCUACGAAGGGAGUUACAAAAAGUAACUACUCCAGAUACUACGUAGGCUAGAAAAAUGCCACCGAAAAGAAAAUACGAUGACAACUAUAUUAAGCUGGGCUUUACUUCAAUAGAAGUUAAUGGAGAAACUAGACCGCAGUGCGUUUUAUGCGCAGUUGUUCUUUCCAAUGAAGCUUUAAAGCCGAAUAAGUUGGAACGUCAUAUGAAGACCGUGCAUCCGAAGUUUUGUGACCGUCCGCGAGAAUUCUUUGAAGGCAAACUAGCAAAUCUUAAAAAAAUGAAAAUUGGACCCAGUGGAACAAGUUACGCAACGUCGGAAAAGACAUUAUCUGCAUCAUUCGAAGUUUCAAAAUUGAUUGCCAAAUCGAAAAAAGCACACACAAUCGGCGAGUCUUUAAUAAAGCCCUGUAUGCUCAAAGUUGCAGAAGAGCUUUUAGGCGCGGAAGCGGUAAAGAAAAUUCGUGAAAUACCGCUUUCUAAUGACACAGUUAAGUCGCGCAUUCUAAAAAUGUCAAAUGAUAUUGAAGACCAAGUUAUUGACAAGAUUAAAAACAGCCCUUAUUUUGCAUUACAAUGCGAUGAGUCUACCGAUGUUUCGCAAUGCUGUCAAUUACUUGUAUUUAUUCGAUUUUUGGAGGACGAUAAUAAGUUUAUAGAAGAAUUAUUAUUUUCUCAGGAGCUUGAAACAACGUCUCAAGGUGCAGAUGUUAUGCAUGCAAUAAGUCAAUAUAUUGAGAAACAUGGACUUAUGUGGGAAAGGCUUGCCGGGCUUUGUACUGACGGUGCUCCUGCUAUGCUUGGUUCUCGCUCUGGACUUGCUACAUUGGUAAAAACCAAAAAUCCAUCCGCAAUUACGACGCACUGCGUUAUUCACCGUCAAGCAUUAGCUGCCAAAACGCUCCCGGAAUAUUUUACCUUGGCUCUGAAGACAGCUAUAAAAGUAGUUAACUAUAUUAAGAAGAGCGCACUCAAUACUCGUCUAUUCAAGCAGUUGUGUUCUGACAUGAACUCUGAACACGAAACUCUGCUUUUUCACACAGAAGUUCGCUGGCUUUCAAAAGGAAACAUGCUGGCUAGGUUGUAUGAACUAAGAGAGGAAGUCAAAAUAUUCUUAACUAACAAGGAAAAUAAAGAGUUGCUAGAUCAGUUCUGUGAUCCCAAAUAUGAAAUACGUUUUGCUUAUCUGGUCGACUUUUUUGCACAAAUAAAUAAAUUGAACCUGCAACUGCAAGGAUCAGGAAAUUUGAAGUUGCAAGGCAUGAGCAACAUAUUUGCAUAUGAAGAUAAAAUUAGGGCGUUUAUUGCUAAAAUAGAGCUAUGGACCAAUAAGGUCGAAAAAAAUAACUUUUCUGCGUUUGAUACGCUCAACCAAAUCAUUAACAGACAAGGCGCAGACAUUAAAGAAGAAAUUCAGAAGAAUAUUAUGCUCCAUUUGACUACUUUAAAAAGUGAGUUCAAUCGCUAUUUUCCUGAAUGUGAGGACAAAAGUAUUCAAAAACUGAUUAGGAAUCCUUUCAUUGUUAACGUUUCCGAAGUCGCUGAUGAAAUUCAAGAAGAGGUGAUUGAAUUGCAGCAUGACACGAAUUUGAAAGAUACCUUCGAAUCAGGAGUAAAUAUUGAAGAUUUUUGGACUCAAAAAGCAUUAUCUUUCCCGAAGGUUCGAGACAUUGCAAUCCGUUACCUAACUUUAUUUUCAUCCACAUAUCUAUGCGAGCAGGGGUUUUCGACGCUUCUAAUUAUUAAAAACAAGCAUCGGAACCGGUUAGACGCCUCUGCCGACAUGCGAUUGGCGAUCAGUAACACGGAACCGAGAAUACAGAAGUUAGUUAAGAAUAUGCAACCACAAAAAUCUCAUUAAAUUUUAAGUUUCCGAGUUUUCCAGAAUAAAUACCGAGUACUAAAUUGUAUUAGUUUUCUUUAUCACAUAACCUUUAAUUUCGAUAUUUUAGUAUAGUUUAGAAUUAGAUAGCUAUUAGGUAAACCACCUAGGUGGGCCGCGGCAAAGCAAACAUUUGGUGAAAUGGGCCGUCAUGACAAAAAGGUUAAGAACCACUGUUCUAGAAGAUAGUACCUUACCAACGACAUAUCACACAUCACUAUUGGACCGGGUACCAGAUUCCAUACAAAGAUUUGCAUCAUCCUUUUUAUGAAAUUGCAAUUGAAGGGCACUAAGAGACCAAGAGGAAGACGAUACACCACAAAUGAAAAAAUAAUGGCCUUGUCCAUCUAUAAACAAAGUCCGAAAUCAUAUAAUCUUUUGAAGAAAAUGUUUAUAUUACCGUCAAAACGUUGUUUGCAAAAAGUUCUCAGUUCAUUCCGCAUGAAACCAGGCA